AUGAGCUUUCAGAACUUCCUAAGAGGACCAACCGAACAUAAAGUUGUUCCACAACAGCCACCGUCGGAGCGAUUUGGUCAGCGCGCAAACUUCGCCAAUUUAUUCUCUCAGCAAGGUAAAUUAGUUGUGAUCACGGGGGCCGCCGGUGCAAUUGGUGGAGCUAUAUGUGAGGGUUUUGCUUCUAUGGGUGCAGAUGUUUGUGUAGUGGAUUACAACUACGACCCUGAUUUCGCGAGCUAUUUGCAAAAUACAUACGGAAUCAGGGCCGCGGCGUAUCAGGUGGAUAUUACAAAGCCUGAGGAGGUCAAGACCUGUAUUGAGGUUAUAAAGAGCGACUUUGUGGGACGUGACAUCGAUACCUUCAUUGCGAAUGCCGGUAUCGCAUGGACAAACGGGUGCAUUGUACACGAGGACGCUACACCAGAGGUAUGGCGACGUGUAAUGGAUGUCAACGUACAGGGCACUUUUCAUUGCUCGAAGUACAUCGCUGAGAUAUUUAAGUUGCAGGGACACGGCAAUUUGAUCCUGACUGCCUCGAUGUCCAGUUACAUUUCGAAUGUGCCCAACUACCAGACGUGCUAUAACGCCUCGAAAGCUGCUGUGAGACAUAUGGCCAAGGGUUUCGCGGUGGAAUUUGCACAUUUGACGGACCCAGCGGGCAAAAUCCGUUGUAACUCGGUUUCACCUGGAUAUACCGACACCGUUCUGAGUUCAUUCGUUCCCAUCGAGCAAAGAGCACAAUGGUGGGGAUUGACACCCAUGGGCAGAGAAGCAUUGCCUCAAGAGCUGGUUGGUGCUUACUUAUAUCUGGCAUCCGAUGCUGCAAGCUUUACAAAUGGAUGUGAUAUCGUUGUAGAUGGUGGCUAUACUUGCGUGUAG